CUGAGCCGGAAUGGGAGACUGGAAGGGCUAUAUCAGUGCGGUGUUGCGUGACCAGCGCAUUGACGACGUGGCCAUCGUGGGUCACUCAGACAAUCGCUGCGUGUGGGCAUCGCGCCCCGGAGGCCUUCUGGCUGCCAUAUCGCCGCAGGAGGUGGGUGUGCUCACAGGGCAUGACCGGCGCACCUUCCUGCAGUCGGGCCUCAGCGUGGCGGGCCGCCGCUGCUGCGUCAUCCGCGACCACUUGCUGUCUGAGGGCGAUGGAGCUCUGGACGCGCGCACCAAGGGGCUGGAUGGGCGCGCGGUCUGCGUCGGCCACACCCCGCGCGUGCUCCUCGUGCUCAUGGGCCGGCGCGGCGUGCACGGGGGCAUCCUCAAUAAGACGGUGCAUGAACUGAUCAAGGGUCUGCGCAAGCAGGGCACCUAGCCGGACAGCUAGGAGGCGGGGCGGCAUGGCCAAAAUAAAUGCU